GACAAGUGACACGACCAAUCGAAUAAUAACAACCACCUGGCAGCGCCACUCACAACAGCUGUUCAAUUACAGUUUAUUCGGCAAUCACAUAAUCCGAUGUCUGGAACAAAAGUACUUCGAUCCUUGCUGCACGAGCUGCGGCAAAGUGCUGCUGAUCCCGGCGCUGUUAAAAACUCUCUGGCCGCCCGCUACAUUAUGGCACAGUACAAGAAAUUCGAAACAACUGAUCAACAAUUGUGCAAAGCCCGCAACGAGGCCAUCUUUCUGGGACAGACAUAUUUAACAUAUUUGAGCAGUCUGCGGAAAUACAAUGAGAUUUACCAGGAGUACCAUGGACGUGGCGAGCGCACGGUGAAGGAAACCGCGGACAUGGUGGGCUUUAAAUUGCCCACAGAUCCCAAGUGAAAGUGAUACUAUCCAUGUAGAUCCAAGAUUAUGCUUAAUAAAUACGCAGAUUUUCCUGCAAAUAUAA